AUGUCGCCUCCUACAACGGCUCCGCCCAAGUCUCGUGAGGUGCCGCCCAGCAAGGCUGCUCCGCCAGCCCAGCAACCAGCACCCCAAGUCAAGCCAGGACCCAAGGACCAGGUAUCCAAUACCCAACAUCCUACUAAACAACCCACACAACUACCAUAUAGCAAGAAAGUCCCGCGUAGAUCCAGCAAACCAAUUAUCAACUGGUUUCAGCGCAAACUCGCUGGUACCGUAAAGACAAGGCGGGUGUCGGAUGGUUCACCUGUGCUCGCUCCUGUUGCAGAGGUGGGUUCUGGGCGCAAAGGUCGCAAUGGCACAGCUUUACCAGUAAAGACACGUUCGACUCGCUCAGUUUCUUCUCCGUGGCCUCAACCAUCUCGGGUGUCCUCACAAAGGAAUGGUGUGGGUAACAAUGGUGGAGCAUUGGGUCAGAGCAGACGGGACGAUAUUCAUCUUCAACGCAAAACUAUAUCUCUAAAUGGCGACGGGGACUUUGAUGAGCAUUCGGAAAUAGAAAGAGAUGUUGAAACAUCUACGCAUCAUUCUUCACUCGCGCGUGACUCGAUGUGGUCUCCUACUAGUCCCUUAGAAGCGGAUGAAGAUGCGUCUGUCAGACCCCUCCCUCCCAGCGCGCCACCUUCUCCAUCCCCUUCACACUCAUCCUCGUCCUAUAUGUCUGACCCUAGGACCUUCAGGAGUAUCGCUGCUAGUACAAAACCAACGACGUUGCUGAGUAUCGACAUGGCUCCUGCAGGUAUCGGACAUAUAGCACAGGUCCCAGUCACACCAGUUUCUCAGAUAGCACCUCGUUUUCCUCCUCACGUGCGGUCGUCCUCAACUGGCAUAUCAGCGGGGCAUGUAGGAAGCGGUGCAUCUAUCACUUUUUCUGCUCUUCCUCCGUCUCCACAGUCAUCUUCACGCCCGUCCUCAUUUAUGAACCAAGCCAAUGCUGGUUCUUCAAGUCCAGGUGGUGGUGGGCCAUCAUCAAACUCCAACAAUAUGAAUGGAGUUCAGGCCCCUCUUCACACUGCUCACCAUCCCCGGAAUAAUCCCCGUCCUUCGUCUCCUCCAAUGGAUAACGCGUCGGUCCUUACUUUGGCAUCAUCGGCUUAUGCUAUUCCUGGCGCGCGUUUGACAUUAGGCUCAGUUGGAUCUGCUGCUCUGUUUGCUAUGGGUGUAGGAGAUUCAGUUUCACAGUUAGGGGGAAGCAUGGCUGGAGAUGGCGAGGGAGAGAAUUCUAGCCAUUUCCUUUUAGCAGAUGACGAUAGGCUCGACGUUUACGGCGAUAGGGAUGUGGAUGCUAGCCUUCGAGCCCUUAGGCCAAGGAGCUCGCGAAGAGGCAGCUGGGAGAGUGAAGCGAGUGGUUGGAGCGCGAGAAUAUUGGGAGCUGGUGCAGGACUUAGCAUGGGCAGCAAGAGCUUAUGGACUAGCAAUAGUGUGAGGACUAACGGUCUUCUCAGUGUGGAAAACGAGGAGAAGGAAGCUGCUGAGGAAUCAAAGGACGAGGAUAAUCGCAACUCAAGUUCCAACUCGAGGAAUAACUCUGUCAAGGUGCCAUCCCCAAACACAAGACUUGCAGGCGGUGAUGUCUCCCCAACGAAACCUCAAGUAACCGAUGUCGAAAAAAUGGUACUAGAUGAAGCAAGUGCCCCUGAAAUCGUUGCAAUAGCACCUCCACUAGAGCAACGCGAAGAGUCGACAGAGACGACAGGGACCAAAGUUCCACCUGUUUCUGAGCAAGAGCAGUCCCAGCAGUCUGUAGAAAGCAAGCAGGAUGACAGGCAGGAUGCAGAUGAUGAAAGUCAUCCCUCGACGUCGUACCGGUCGCCAUCGAGUUCUUACGAUUCUGGUAGGACUGCUAGUGAUGGGGAUCUGCACAGUUUGGCAGCUACGAAUCGUACAGAGACAUGGCAAAGCGCACUUUCCAUACCAGCGCCCUCUACUCCUGUUGGUUAG